CAUUGAACUCAUGAAACAGCAGCGCAACUGAAACUGUAGCUUUUGUAAACUUAUUCCAUUGGGACAAGACAGGAAUACACUGAAGAUUUUUCUGCAUUUCAGCUUCUGGUCUACUGUUUCUUCAUAUCGCAUCUGACUAACUGGGUGGUGCUCUUAUCAUGAUCAGAGCUAUGUAGGGCUAUUAGUGAUUCCCUUUUAUGGAAAACUUUUAUAAUGAUGCAAACUUCUUGGAUUCUCUGAAGUUGAUCCACGAUUGAGAGGGAUCCUGAAAAUAAAAUUAUCUCCAUACAAGUAGUGUGUGUUUGUUCAAACCUACUGCAGAAUUUUUGCUACAAUGUCAUUGUUGUCAAGAUUAAGCUGUAUCACUGUGGAUGUCACUGGUACACUGUUGGCUUACAAAGGGGAGCUUGGUGACUACUAUUGUAUGGCAGCCAAAGCUGUUGGACUCCCUUGUCCUGACUACAAGCGUGUUCAUGAGGGCUUUAAACUGGCAUAUAAAGAGAUGGCUGCAAAGUAUCCAUGUUUCGGUUAUGCAGCAAAAAUGCCCAACAUUGUCUGGUGGAAAACUUGUGUCAGAGAUUCCUUUGUCAGGGCAGGAUACGAGUAUGACGAGGAGACAUUUGAGAAGAUAUUUAGACGCAUAUAUGCAUCCUUUGGUUCAUCUGCACCUUAUACAGUCUUCCCAGACUCUCAACCAUUUUUAAGAUGGGCGCGUGGAAAGGGUCUUAAAGUUGGGAUUAUUAGCAAUGCAGAGUACCGAUAUCAGGAUGUUAUCCUUCCAGCCUUGGGUUUGAGCCAGGGAACUGAGUGGGACUUUGGUGUAUUUUCUGGUCUUGAAGGCGUUGAGAAACCCAAUCCAAGAAUCUAUGAGAUCGCCCUCGAAAAAGCUGGAAAUAUUGCUCCUGAUGAAGUUCUGCACAUUGGAGACAGCUUUCGCAAAGACUAUGUCCCUGCAAAGAGUGUGGGGAUGCAUGCAAUACUGUUAGAUAGGUUCAAGACACCUGAUGCUCAGGAUUGGAAAAAAUCCGGUGCAGUUGUGCUUCCCGAUUUGAUCACAGUACAGGACGGACUUACUUCAGACAAGUUAAACUGUUAAAAAAAGCCUUCUUUUCAAACAUUAAGUUGUCAUUUUCACAAUUUUUAAUCUCCUUUCAGUUGAUGAAUAUUAAUACUCACGGAUCAUGACUAUUCUAUCUGCAUUGCCUCCUUCGGCUUUUGUAGCUUGUUUCAACUUUUAUGUGGGUUCCAAUGGGAAGAAGAUGCCAGGUAUUGUAAUGGCCAUGUUCACUAGCUCACUUAUCGAGAGACAUCUGGUUCUGGUUAUCUUAGUGCUAUUUUGCCUCAA